CGCAGACUCCGCGUUUCAAGAGGCGCAGAAAUGGAUAGAGGCUGUGACGGGAAGAUGUUUCGGUGACAAAGAUUUCAGAGGCGGUUUGGAGAAUGGGAUACUGCUAUGCGAGUUGCUGAGCUCCAUUAAACCCGGCCUGGUGAAGAAAAUUAACAGACUUCCGACACCCAUCGCUGGCCUGGACAACCUCAGUGUGUUUCUCCGUGGCUGUGAGGAGUUGGGAUUGAAAGGCUCCCAGCUGUUUGACCCUGGAGACCUGCAGGACACAUCGACACGCCCCACCGCCAAGGGAAGUGACUGCAGCCGAAAACUCAAGAAUGUUUUAAUCACCAUCUACUGGUUGGGUCGCGCUGCCAACGGCUGUACCUCCUACAACGGGCCCACGCUGGACCUGAAAGAGUUUGAGGGCCUGCUGUCACAGAUGCGAAAGGAGGCGGAGGAGGCAGAGAGCCCUAAACGCAGCAUCCGGGACAGUGGCUACAUCGACUGCUGGGACUCAGAGCGCAGCGACUCUCUCUCCCCCCCACGCCACGGCCGCGAGGACUCGUUCGACAGCCUGGACUCCUUCGGCUCACGCUCACGACAAACCCCGUCGCCAGACGUCCUGGUCGCCCGCGGCAGCAGCGAUGGCCGUGGCAGCGACUCAGAGUCCGACGGUCCCCCCCACAGGAAGAUGCCAGACAUCCGUAAGGAUGACAUGUUGGCGCGGCGGACGUCCGUCAGCGAGCCGCGAACUGCCAUGCCCUUUAACCAGUACCUCCCCAACAAGAGCAACCAGAGUGGAUAUCUACCCACGCCGCUCCGCAAAAAGAAAGGCGACAAAGAGGAGGGAGGACGCAAGAGCUGGAGUACUGCCACGUCACCUAUAGGUGGAGACAGACCUUUCAGUACUCCAGCUCGCUCGUGCUCAGAGGAACUCUUCCACCAUUCGACGCCUCUAGCAGGAAACGCCACGGCAGCCUCAGCGGUUGCAUCGGCUCCCGCCAACGCGGCCGGGAGACAACCACCUCCAGCAGAGCGGGAGGAGGCGGUCGCUGGUGCGCCGUUCGCGGCAGAUGCGGAGCAGGAGGAGAAGCGGGCCCGUCGAACGCUGACCUCUCCUAAACGCAUCGCCACCCAGAGUCCCUCCCAUUUUCUUCCCGUGCCUGCUGCCAUGGCAACCACUUCAAAAGAAACAGCCGGUACAGGCCGGCGAAAGGGCAGGGCACUGAGCGAAAGUGACGACCCGCAGGGAGGGACCUCCUGGUUGGACAGCGGUCUUCCAGCAACAUUCAGCCACACAGAUAGUGUGUCAGAUGACUCACAGAGUGUGAGUAUGAUCGACAUGCGUGGAGAAGAGGAUACCAUCUUGCAGCCCCACAGUCAGGUGCGUCAUGAACUGAUGCACAAUCAGUACAACAGGAUGAAGGAAGAGGAGGAUCACUGGCAGGACGACCUGGCCCGAUGGAAAAAUCGAAGGAGGAGUAUUUCCCAGGAUCUGAUCAAGAAGGAGGAGGAGAGGAAGAUGAUGGAGCGGCUGAUGUCGGGAGACACCUGCCCCUCCCACAGGAGGAGAAGCAUCAAGACGUACAGAGAGAUAGUGGAGGACAAGGAGCGCCGUGAGGAGGAGCUGCGAGACGCGUACAGGAGAGCCAGAUCCCCGGAGGAGGCGUCAGUCAUCCUCCAGCGCUACGCCCAGCGUUUCUCCAUCAGUGAAGCGGUCCUGGAACGCCUGCAGCUGCCGAAGCUGCUGGAUCGCAGCAUCUCCGCUGACCCCUCCUUCCCCUGCUCGCCCUUCCCUCUCUCCCUCGCCGCCUCCCCGACGACCCCAGACCCCUUCGACGUGGACCCCAAUGGGCCUCUGAGGUAUCUGCGCCAGCAGUCGGCUCCGGCUCCAAAGUUCACGUCCACGCUGGAGGCGCGGAUCGAGGAGUUUCCCAAAGACUUGUCCUCGCACCAGCGGCCUCAGAUUCGCUCCCGCUCGUCCGAGCCGCCAUCCACCCGAGCCCUGUCGCCCAAACCGGUGCCUUUGCUGACACCCAAGCCUUACUUUGAGACCCGAUCCACAGCGGCUGAACCGCGGCCCAGCAAGGCGGACGGUUUGCUUCGAAUCAACGGCAACAUAGGAAGCGACGACGUUCCCACCACACCUGAGAGUCAAGGAAGGGAAUCUCCUCCUCAUUUCCAGGCGUCCCCUUCCAAAACCAGUAACAGCACAGUAGACGCUCGCUCCUCAGCGGCGUCACCCGCACACAGUCCACACGCCUCCCCCGCGGGAGGAAGCCCAGCGUCGACGAAGGCCAAGGAGGAGGUACGAGGCGCCAGUGAAGCGGCGGCUGAGGACGUCAGAGAAGAGAAGAAAGUCGCAGAGCAUUCGACGCCACCGAGUCGGCCCACCUCGCUCCCAACGGAACUGCAGAAGCCGGAGGAAAGCUUUGGGAAGGCUGGAGUCCAGACAGCAGCUGCUCCCGAGGAGAAAAAGUCUGCUGCAGCUCAACCAGCACCAGCUGCAGAAGCCAAACGAGAACAAGAAAAGGCUGAACCAUCUGAUCAAAGCAUCUCCAGUCUUCUCCAGUCGGGCGUCGGCACGCAGCAAAGUCAGCCGGUGACUUUACAGACAACUGUCCCCACUCCCCAGGAGCUGUCACGGAGAAGAGAGAACGUACCGAGCUUACCCGCACCAGGAUCGUCUGGAUAUCACCCGCCGCGGGAAACGACGGCAGAGUUUGCAAACAGUGUCAGGUCUCCGCUGGCAACCAGCAACCCUAAGUUACGUUGGGAGUUCUUCGCUCCACCAGAAGAGGCAGAAAAGGAUCGCCGUGGAAACGUGUCAGUGCCGGUGUUGCCCCAGGCCAGGCGGGGUGACCGCUGGUCUUGGGACCCGGAUGAGGAGCGAAAGCGUCAGGAAAGGUGGCAGCAAGAGCAGGAGCGCAUGCUGCAGGAGAAGUACCGGCGCGAGCAGGAGAAGCUGAAGGAGGAGUGGGAGAAAGCGCAGAGGGAAGUGGCCGAGGAGGAGAGGAAGUACCAUGAGGAGGAGCGUAAGAUACUGGAGGAGACUGUGGCGCCUCUCACUCCCCGCUCCUCAGCCCUGCCCUCCCCCAGCCGAGGGGAGCUGUCCUCCACCGCCGCGCCCCAGGACACCAUCGUCCGUUCGCUGGCUGACUGGGAACGUAAACAGGAACUUCUGGAGAGGCAGUCGAGGGGGAGCACGGAGAGCGUGGAGGCGAAACGGAGGGAAAAUGACAGGACUAGUGACAUCAGCACUGCUGACGACAGCAUGAAGACAGCAAGAAGCUCGUUGAGUCAGAGCAGCAGUCAGACAGGAACACUCACAGCUCACAGUUUGCAGAACGGCCAGAAACUUCCUGCGGUGUCGGCCAAAUCCUCAACUCCGGUGAAGAAGCAACAAGAUCUCACAGCAGAAAGCAACAAGCCCAGCCGGCCUGCAGGAGACAGGAGGAGUGGUCCCAUUGAUAAUAACAUGAGCCGCAGCUCAUCAAAGCCUCCUGCAGCAUGUUCCCCAACUCCAGACACACUGCCUCCAACUCCCAACAGGUCCGUCAGUGGGAAGAAGCUGUGCUCCAGCUGUGGGCAGCCGCUGGGAAAAGGGGCGGCCAUGAUCAUAGAGACCCUCAGCCUCUACUUCCACAUCCACUGCUUUAAGUGUGGGGUGUGUAAGGGACAGUUAGGCGACACGACCACGGGGACGGACGUCCGAAUUAGAAACGGCCUCCUCAACUGCCACCAGUGCUACAUCCGCUCCCGCUCGGCCGGACAGCCCACCACAUUGUGACGCUCAACAGAAAAGCACAAGGUUCACGGAAGAAACCCC